UAAGUAAUAAACAUACUUCCGAUUUUAUUUAGUGAUGUUUAUGCCGUACAUUUGUUAAAACCAUCGGAAUUAGAGUCUAGAUCUAGAAUCUAGUCUUGUUGACCAAUUUACGAGAUUUAUUAAUAUUUGGACACCAGCGAUGUCCGACUUUGAUUCAAACCCUUUUGCUGACCCGAGGGCAAACAAUCCCUUUUCAGACCCUUCUGUGCAGCAAGCAGCUGGUGGUGGGCAACGUCAAGGAGCUCUAGACGACUUUAAUCCUUUUGCAGAUGGAAAUCAGACAAGACCUUUGAAUCAAGGUGUUCCACCACCACGUUCUUCUCAAACACAGCCUGCAAUUAUGACCCCCUCUGAUGACCCCCCUCCUUACUCUCAAAGUGGUGCUCAAAAGGUGGAUACAAGUGAGCUUCAGAGGAGACAAGAAUGGCAGUUUAGCAUGAUGCCAGAUUCCAGUGUCCAUGAAGAUAUUGGAGAGGAAUUAGAAAGAAAAGCAGCAGAACUGCAGAAAAAAGAACAGGAAUUAAAAAAUGCUAGUAUGGCUGGUGGAAAAAAAGAAAAUAAUUGGCCUCCACUCCCAAAGUUUUUCCCUAUAGGACCUUGCUUUUAUCAAGACUUUAAUGUGGAUAUACCUUUAGAGUUUCAGAGAAUAGUCAAACUUACAUACUAUCUCUGGGGAUUUCAUGUGCUUGUUCUCUUCCUCAAUUUUUUGGGAAGCUUGGCUUAUUUUAUUACUAACUCCUCUGGAGGUGCAACAUUUGGUCUGUCUAUUCUGUGGCUGGUUUUAUUUACACCAUGCUCAUUCAUCUGUUGGUACAGACCACUGUACAAAGCAUUUAGGAGUGACAGUUCAUUCAACUUCUUUGUAUUUUUCUUCAUAUUUUUCUUCCAAUUUUGUGUGUAUGUUGUUCAGUGCUUGGGAAUCACUGAUUUUACAGUUGGAAUCAUCUCAGGUUUGACCCAAGUAAAAGAUAAUGUCGCUGUUGGACUUAUCAUGAUAUUUGUUGGUAUAUUUUUUGGCAUUCUGGCAGUGAUCUCAUUUGCCCUUCUCAUUAAGGUCCACCGAAUUUACAGAAGUACUGGAGCAAGUUUCCAGAAAGCCCAGGCUGAGUUUGCCAAUGGUGUAAUGAGGAAUGAAGCCGUCAGAGGAGCAGCAUCAGAUGCGGCAGCAGGAGCUGCUAGAAGUGCAGUUGCAGGCUAUGGUAGUGAAAACCGUUAUUAAAAAAAAAAGUAAACAAUUUUCAUACAUGGAAGUUUAAUUGUAAUGGAUUUAUGAAUGUGCAGAAAAAAAGGAAAACAUUCUACUUCACUUCCUUUAGAAAAGUUUUGUCCAAAAUGAGUUUAUGUUUUUUUUAAAUGAUCAUUAAUUACAUUUAUUUCAUCUGAAAAACAAAUUCCUUUAUGCUAAAUAUAUUUCAUCUUUCAGAACAAAGUACAUCUUGUUUGAUAAUUGAUGGUUGGUUUAAAAUAAAGGCUUGUAGUUGAUAUGCCGAUACAUCAAAAGCUUUAAAAAAAAAAUCAGUAAAUUUUUUAUCAUUUUAGACAAAUUUUUUAUUUUUACACUGGUCAUACUCUGGUUAUUAGUGUCUCUAGAAAACUAUCAAUAUCAUCUGUAUAAUAUAAUUUGAAUUGUGAAAGCUAUUACAUGUUUGUUAUUUUUUUUUUUUAUCAUUUAGUUAAUAUUAAUUAUGACAUUUGUCUUCUGCAUUCAAUGUCCAUUAAUUUAAUGAAUCAUCCCUUGUCAGCAGUAUUGUUGACUACCACUGAAUGAAUGCUCCCACCAUUUCUAUUCAUAGUUCUAAUAUAUUAUUUGCAGUUGUGCUAUUUAUUUAUGAUUUUUUUUUCCCAAAUGUACCACAUGUCUGCUCAAUUAAUAGAUACUUUAUUUUAUGAAAAUAUGCAAAAUUAUCUUUUACUAAUAUAGCAGUUAAAAAAGUUUUUAAAUAAUUAAAACAUGGUUGUCAAUAUGAUACAGAAAAACAUGGUUGUCAAUAUGAUUAAAAACAAGAGGCAUAUAAUUACAUAAGAUUUUAGAGGGUUGCCAUAUUUGUUAAAAAUAUUAUAUUUUUUGUGUGUGUUUUAGCUUGUGUUUUGAAACUGUUUGUAGCACUCAAUGUUUGUCCUUCAUGUGUUUAUUCAGUGGGUUGACUUCAUUGUCUAUUUGUGCUAUAGAUUGUACUUUUUUUUUUUCAUUUCUCUGGGUGUGAUUCAGAUAUGUACAUUUUGUUUCAUUUAUCUACUUUGUGCAAAUUACAAGUUAUCAAUUUCAAAUUUUAGAGGUUUUCAAAUAGAUCAAAUAGGUUUUUGUAUUCCACUGAAAUAAAGUUUAUAAUUUGUAAUUUGUUUUAUUAUUUUGUAUCCCAUGUGAAGUGGAACUGAAACCUACUUUUGCCUUGACUUUUUGUUAAGCUCUUGUUUACAGUACAAAUAAAUAUUCUAUUUGGCUUUGGUUUUUGAUUUUAGACAAAAAAAUCAAGUGUAAGAUGUGUGUUUAAAAAUUUCAGUUCUCCACAAAAAUCAAAUUAUUAUUUUUUUAUUUUGAGUGUGUUGAGCUUACGAGUCUAAACAUUCCAUUCAUUUUGUGGGCUCCAUAUUUUUUUUCUCAUUGGAAUUAUUAUUAUUUAUACUAUCAAAAAUAUUAUUCUGUCAGCUAUACAACAUUUUAGUUAUAAUCAGUCAGUAGAUCUAUUUUUAUUUUUGAGACGUUUUUCAAAAUCAGAAACUAGAUUCUAGAAUGCUCGGUAAAUUGUAUGUACAUUGUAAAUUAUACAUAAGUAAUAAUUGAAUUAAAAUAGCAACCUCCAUUUACUUUAAUUAUUUGUCUUUCUGUUCACAUGAUUGAAAAUGAAGACUAACGUGAUAGAUUAAACUUGGAUAAUACUUUGUUUUUUAUUAUUAUAUUGUACAUUUACAUUAUAAUGUUUUUGUGCAAUUCUGUAUUUGUUGAUCCGGAAGUGAUAUUUCAUGUACGAUUGUUUAAGUAUAAACUUGUGAGCUAGGCUAAAUAAUGUGUGUGUGUGUAUGCUUGAUAUCUGCAACUUAUUUUCAAGUUCUGCUUGUUCAUUUGGAUUACAUACGUACUACAGCAAACUAUUGGAAAGCUAUUUAUAAUUACUUCUUAAAGCUUAAGUUUUUCAUUUCUCCUUAUCACAAAUAAUUUUCCCCACUUUUAAUACCACUUGAUUGAUUUUUCCAAACUGUUCUCAUCACACCUAGUCAAUAUCACAAUUCAAUACACAACUCCUACUGCAGAGCUCUGCACAGAGACAACUUGUUAAGACUACUUUAUUCCUAAUAUUUGUGAUAACCUUUAAUUCUUGCAAAUUUUAAUCAAGGCUGUCAGCUACCUAAUUUUAUUUUUUACUUGUUUAUUGUACCUUGUAUAUGACAGUUGUAAAUAUAUAUUUCUAUGACUCACAUUUGAAGAAUGAAGAUUAAAAAAAUCAACGCUAGAGCCCAAAUUAAAUCUCCUUUUCCUAUAAUGGACUAGUAAUCUAGUAUGCUAUAUACAUUUUUUUUUGUUCAUCAAAUUAUAGGUUUAUUUUAAGUAAUGGUCACACUUUAAAUUUAUGAUGACAGAGAGUUGAAUAGAAAUUCCAUUAUAAUUUUAUGUAACGAUGUUAAACAUGGCUUUGUAAAAUAAAAGCAUAGAGUAAACACUUUUCAACAGUCUGAUACAUUACCAUCAACAGACAAAAUCAAGCUUUUAACUAUUACUUCUGCUCUGAUAUUUGUUUUUUAUGUUGGGAUGGAUGACACUGACUUGGAGGCUACAUAAUAGCUUUGAUUAUAUGUGCUGACAACUUGUGGGACCAUUAUGUAAUUUUAAAAUUGGCUUGUGUAUAGUUGAAUUUUGUGCUUUUUUUAAAAACUAAUUAGAAUAUUUCGCAUUUUUUUCUCAUAUAUAUAUAUAGUCUUUGUGUUCAGGAUCUAGCUAUUUUCAAGGGAAUUUUUUUUUUUCUCAUUAGAUGUGGGUAUUUUGUAAAAGAUGUGUACUAAAAAUAGAAAUGUAUUUUUUUAAAAGCAAUUUGAUCCACAAAAAAAUCCAUGCUGAAUUAACUUUUGUAUUCCUCUGAAGCACACAAUCCAUUAGCCCAUCAUGUUAAAGCAUUAUAACUACUGUAAUUGUUGUCUUGUCAAGAAUUUUCACUUAAUUAGAGAUAGUUUUUUUUUUGUCUUGACCAUGUAGGUAACCCUAACUUGUGUCUACAGCUGCAUGCCUCAAAUGUAUUAAAAAGACUUGUUUUCAUGCAGUACUCAUUAGUUUUGUCAAUACUCUAAGUUGGUCGUUAUUGUUUUGUUUACAGUGUACACAUGAACAUAAACUUGUCCUCAACUGGUUCACUCAAUAAAUGAGUUUUAUCUUG